ACCCAAAAGCCCAAAAACGCAAACGCCGCCUUAUCAUAUAAUCCCUCUUGUCUCUUUCUCUCCCUUUCAGUCCACAAUUAAAUUCAACAAAAUCUAAGAAACAUGACUCCACCACAAAGCCACAAACCCUCUGCCCCACCAAAACCUCAACCCCAAAAUCUGUAGAGUUUUUUUUUUAAUUUUUGCUGGUUUUGUUAAAAACCCAAUUGAGUAUCAAACCCCAACAAGCCUCCUCCUCCUCCUCCAUGGAUUUGAUCAAAUCACCACCGGCCAAUCCCAAAACCCACCAUUGUUUCCCUCUUCACCACACGUUUAACCGGCCAGAAAGACCCGUUUUGGGGUUCAGGCCAUUGCCUCAGAGUUCCAAGGUCCUAAAUUUUGUUCAUUAUGAUUCAAAACAAUCACAACCCAAUAAGUUUUUAACAAGCACAAAGCUUUUCAGCCAUUUGCUUACCAAUUCUUAUAGAACAGUACCAACAAUAAGUACCAAUGCAGCUUUGUCUGAAGCCACAGAACCAGAGGCAGAGACAGAGCCAGGGAAUUAUAGGAGAAUUCUAUUGUCUGAUGUGAUUGUGAAGAGGCCUAGGAAUGUGUUUAUGGGGAGAGAAUGGAACUUAAGGGAUAUGGCCACAGCUGGUGUUGUUUUGGCAAUGCAUUUGCUCAGUCUUUUUGCACCUUUUCAAUUCAAUUGGGGAGCUUUUUGGGUGGCAGUGGCACUUUAUGUUGUGACUGGUCUAUUUGGCAUCACUCUUUCUUAUCAUAGGAAUCUUUCACACAAGAGUUUCAAGCUCCCCAAGUGGCUUGAAUACUUGUUUGCUUAUUGUGCAGUUCAAGCACUUCAGGGGAGCCCAAUUGAUUGGGUGAGCACACAUAGGUACCACCACCAGUUUUGUGAUUCAGAGAGAGACCCACAUAGCCCAAUUGAAGGUUUCUGGGUUAGUCACAUUAGUUGGCUCUUUGAUACCAAUUCUGUGGCUGAAAGGUGUGGGGGAUCAAAUAAUGCUGGGGAUUUAGAGAAGCAGCCCUUCUAUAAGCUCAUUCAGAAAACUUACAUUGCUCACCCCAUUGCUCUUGGAAUUCUACUGUAUGCAAUGGGAGGAUUCCCAUUCCUUGUGUGGGGAAUGGGUGUGAGAAUUAUAUGGGUAUACCACAUUACUUGGCUGGUUAACUCGGCUUGCCACGUGUGGGGAAAGCAAGCAUGGAAUACUUGUGACUUGUCCAGGAACAAUUGGUGGGUGGCAUUAUUGGCAUUUGGUGAGGGUUGGCACAAUAAUCACCAUGCUUUUGAAUAUUCAGCUAGACAUGGCCUCAAUUGGUGGCAGCUUGACAUGACUUGGUAUGUUGUGAGAUUUCUCCAAGCUAUUGGAUUGGCAACUGAUGUGAAGUUACCCACAGAGGCCCACAAACAAAGAAUGGCUUUGAACUAAGCAAGCUUGGCCUCGUGAAUUUCAAGUAAAUCAUGGGCGUUUGAGUUUUUUCUUUUCUAUGAAAAGGGGCGUUUGAGCAUUGACUUGUGUAGGUUUUUUUUUCCUUUUCUUGAUAAGAGAUUUGUGUAAGCAACUCCAUAUAUGAUAUAUAUACACACAAAAUUAUGUUGUCA